AACAACAACAACAUCAACAAGCAGUAUUCAAACGACAGGGAACGCGAUGAACAGAGCAAAUCCGAACGGCCCACAGCAGGUGGUUCAACAAGGUGUUUCUGCUGCUCAGAUUCGUCCUACUGAUAUCACCAUACGUCGUUCUUUGGACUCUUUUAUCCCAGAAUUGGAGCUAUACAGAAAGUUGGUUGACGCUGAAAAACGUAUUGAUAUACUCACAGCUCGUAAGUUCUCGGAUGUGACUGAAGUGUUCAACAAGUUUCCACGGAAAAAGGAGCUUUUGCGUAUCUUUGUUUAUAACAUUGCCGAGAACCAGCCAUGGCAACAGAAGGAAGGUGAGGCGCUUUCCGGCGAGCCAAGCUGGACGUUGAGGAUUGAAGGCCGCUUGGUGAACGAGAAGGAUGUCAACGAUGCCACGAGAAGAAAGUUCAGUACGUUGGUGACCGGUAUUGCGAUUGAUCUUUUACCUCAAGAAGAGAAGAAGCCUCUGGCUGGAGACUCACAGCCGGGGGUAUCUCAGCAAGAUCCACAACAACCAUUACAGCCACAGCAACCACAACAGCCAUUACAGCCACAGCAACCACAGCAAACACAGCAACCACAGCCUUCACAACAACCACAACAACCACCUUCAAAGGACAAUAUCAUUGAAUGGCAUGAACAGCAAGACCCUAAGGCGAAGCAAGCUGAAUUCGAUGGGCUCGAUAUCAAGAGAAACGGUGCAAAGAACUUGAAGGCCAAAAUCACCAUUCAGCCAAAGGAGUAUCCGAUUUACUUACAAACCUCAUCAGAACUGCGUUCUUUGAUUGGAGUUGCGGAGACUACACAGCACGAUGCUGUGUACGCUAUAUGGCAAUACAUCCAGCUGAACAACCUACAAGCUGUGGAUGAUAAGAGAGUCAUCAACUGUGAUGAGAGCCUUUCCCAGCUCUUUGGUGUUCCACGCUUCAACUUCAAGGACAUAAUAGCACUCUUGUCCAAACAUCUGACCCCAAACAAGCCAAUCAGCAUCGAGUACGAGAUCAGGGUUGACAGGGCCUCAACACUGGGCGACGUUGUCAUCGACGUUGAAGUUCCAGUGGAGGACAUUGCAGAGCAGGAGUUACUCAGAGAGGAGAGCAAGAAGCUAGUUACCGAGCAUGACGAGGCCAUAAAGGAGCUGAGUACGAAGAUCGUACUGGGUGUCCAGGGUCUGCACAAUUCGCACAGAAAGUACCAGUUCUACGACAAACUAUCCCAGGACCCGGCAACGUUCCUCAAAUCCUUCACAGAGUCCCAUUCAAAGCUGCUGAAGAUUCUAAGCGGAGAUGAAGGCUAUAACGAGGAGGACGUCAGAAGAUCCACGUUCUACACAGACGACCUCUUGGCUGAGAACAUCGACGUGCUGUUAAAGACAAACCGUCUAUGAGGCGUCACUCUUUCCCCCUUUGCUCUCCCAUACAAACUGUACCACUAUACGUAAGAGUAAUAAACGAAUG